AUGAAUAGCUGGCGAGCUGAGCGACGAGGAUGGGAAGCGGCUAUCGUUGCAGGAAAUGGCAUGCAGCCAUCCAUUCUCCAAGGGAUUCUCCAAGCAGAGGAAGUAAAGGAGACAUGGGCAUACUUCCCAGAAGACUUUGCUGGCUACCACCCUGAACACACUGAGGAACACCCCAUAUUCCUGCACCCCUUCCACCAUAAGAACGAAAAAGGCUCCCUAUGGACGCAGCUGCGCGCCAAGCUAGUUGGGACCGAGGCUUUGUCACUCAAAAUCGAGUCCGCCAUCCGUGCGGAAAGAGAACGGAUCAAGCUAUCCCUUAAAUUGGUUGAGGAUGAUGUAGUCCAGUUCAAGCGUGAAGAACAAGGAUCUUUUCUGCAGACAGCUCCCGAGCCCCCGGCUAUCCAGGCUCAUGUGGCCGAAGAUGAAGAUUUCUUCGGCGCGUUUGAUUCCCCUUUGCCACCUAUAAUCGAACGAGACUGGAACCUAGACGAGGAUAAUCCCAUCCUCCACCGAGAAAGCUUCCUAAAAUGGGUAAUUGGUCGCUACAUGAUGUGGAAACCCAAGGAAGUGAAAAUCACAACUACCGAGAUUUGUCGAACAUUCUUUGAUCAACCCAGUAUGCCCAUUCCUUCCCCAUGGCCCUCCUCAAUCAGGGAACUAAAGUUGCCCUUGUCACCAUGUUUCAGGGACCAUACGCCUUGGCAAUUCCCUGCAUUUGUUCUUCUAGCUUUUCUGAAGGAAACAUCCAAAGUGACUAACUCAAUAACAAUUAAUACGUUGUUCACGAAGGAGGCAUUGAGGGCCUUUCGGGAGAUGGAAACCGCCUGGCAGGACCUAGACAUCAGUAUUCGCUGGGAGCUUGAACGAAACAAUGACACGGUAAUGGACUGGGUGCCCGAUAAAGCUGUCACACUCCUCAAAGCCCUCUUUCCCAGUGACAUUCCCAUAUCCGCUUGCGUGGGCGGCAGCAAGCCCGAUGCUUAG